AUGGAAUAUUUUGAUGGCGGGGCACUUAGAAACUAUUUGAUGGAUAAUUUUGCUUGGGAUGAUAAAUAUAACUUGGCAUUUCAGUUAGCUUCUGCUGUAAAGGAAUUCAAUAUUGAUUUUGUUAUUAAUGGUAAUACUGGCACGAUCACAGCACAAAGGAGAAUACAAAUCAAAAAUUGCAACAUUGGUACCGCUUUCGGUUCUAAAGAUAUGUGGGUUCAAAGAAAAGUAACAGGAGUUUUAUUGAAUAUGACAAUUCCUGAUGAGAACAGACAACUACUUGUAAAUGCUGACGCUAUACCUGCAUUAGAUAGCCUUCUAACUUUGCCCUAUACGUAUGUUCAAUAUUAUUGUACAAUUGUGCUUAACAAUAUCGCUUUUAAUGCUUGUCUUAUCAAAAACACUUUUAGUACUAACUUUGAUUGGUUUAAUGGAUUCUACUUCACAGAAAGUGCAAAGUCGGCAGUUAUAUCAUUGAGAAAUUUGGCAUCAGAUGGUCAGAUUAAAUUAUUUUAUAUAAAUUGUUUUCACAUUUUUCAAUUCAUGCUUUUGGUUUACGAAGAAAUUCGAUGUCAUGCCAUCAACACAUUGAGAAAUCUUGCAGGCAGCUCAGAAAGAAAUAAACGUGAGAUUGUAAUUCUGGCGAGUGCGAAAAUUGGUGUUAAAUUUGCCAUUAAGUAUACAAAGCGAAAUGACUGA